GUUUUGGAGUCAAUUACAUUGACGUGUUAUAUAUAUUUUAUCAAUUUAUGUACCUAUUACAUAAAAUAAACAAGAAAAUUUAUUAAAAAACGAUUCGAAAUGUAAAUCGGAGUUAUUAAAAUAGAAACUUAUAUUUAAUUUUGAAUUCUAUAUUAAGAUAAAGUGUUAUAUUUACAUAUUUUUGAGUAAAAUGGAUAACGAGUACACUUUAAAUAAUUGUGUUGUCAAAGAAGAAGUUGAUUUAACAUUAGAAGAGGAAAGAGAAGAUGAAGAUGAAGAAGAAGAAGAAGAAGAAGAGGAAGAAGAUACAAAUUGUUUAGUGAAGAAUUAUGACCAAAAUGAAAAUAAUGUCAUACACAAUCAAGCUGAAUUUAUCCAAUUUGAUGAUAGUAAAUCUAAAUCGAUUGUGAAAUUUUCCACUAAUUCAUUGUAUCGUUCUAUAAAACCUGGAUGUCAGAGUGAACACUGUAAAUUAAAAUGUCGCGAUAUUUCUCAAUAUGAUAAACAAGCAAUUUUUCAACAUUUUUGGUAUACAUUAAAUCUUGAUGAAAAAUUGGAAUUCAUUUCAUGUCACAUUGGUAUUUGUGCAGGCGUAAAACGAUCACGAAGAAAUUAUUUUUUUAAACUUAAUAAAAGAUUGAAAAAAGUUUGUUAUAAAACAUUUUUAGGAACAUUAGAUAUAAACAAGUCAUGGAUUUUAAAUUCAUUAAAGAAAUUUCAACGCACACCUAAUGAUACAAUGAGUCAUUUUAUGUCAACAAUUUGUAAAGAAGGGAAAUUAAAAGUCGAAAAUAAUGAGAUUGAAAAUUCUCCACAACAAAAAGAAGAUAUUGUAUUGGAUAGUUCAAAAAUUCAACAAACAAAAGAAUUACCUUUGGGAUUAAUUAAAGUAAAAAAUACCAGUGAAUUGCAAUCGCAUAAUUCUAAGGAAAAUGAUAAUUAUGAAUUUGAAACAAUAUUUUUAAAUAGCGAUGCAAAUUCUGCUUCUCAAAAUUUUAAAACGAAGACAAUUGAGGGAAUGGAUGAAAGUACAACAAAUGAAAUUAAAGAGAUUAAAUGUGAAAAUAUCGAAGAAUUAAAUGACGAUGAUAAAAAUUCUAAUGUUAAUAGUGUAAAUAUUUCCAAAAUUUUAUUGAACGAUUCUACAACAUCUAGAGAACCAUGUCGUUCAUGUAAAGCAUGUUUUUUUCCACAAGAACAAAAGAAAUAUGUAUCACAACAUUUAUGGAAAAUAAAAUCCUAUUUUGGAAAAAUUCAAUAUUUGUCAAAUCAUAUUAAAGCUAUAAAAUCAGAACAAGAGAAAUUUACUUAUGAAUUCUUUCUCGAAUUUGAUUCAUCACAGUCUAUUAAAGUAUGUGUAUAUGGAUUUCAAAAUAUUUUAUCUGUUUGCGAUGAUUGGAUAGUUGCUGCAAUAAAAAAAGUACAUGAAUAUUGUUCUAAACAAAUAUCUGAAAAUGAAAAUGUUUCAAACAAGAUAUUAAAUGAUUUUGAUAAAAAAUUAACACACUUUUGGAAAAAAGCAAAAAUAUUAAAGGACAUCUUUUACACAAGGACGAAAAAUCAAAUGGAACAAUAUAAUGAUAAUCUAUUAUGUGAUGAACAAUGUGAAUUAUUUUGUCAAAUAACAAAAAAUCAAUGGACAGAAAUUUCCAAUGAAUUUUGGAAUAUUAAAACAGUUGAAGAAUUACGUAAAUACAUUUUAAAUCAUGUUCAAUUUUUCUCAUUGACAAAUAAGCCAUGUCGAAAAUAUUUUCUAAAAAUUGAUGGUAAAUUGAAAAAAGUUUGCAAAUCAUUUUUCCUUGAGUCAUUAUCAAUUAAAAAUGAAAUAAUUGAAUUGAUUGGCGCGGAAAAUAAUGCAAUAAUUAUCAAUUCAAUUGAUAAUGAACCUAUUUCAAAUCAAUCAAAAAUAAAAUUGAACACUGAGGGAAAUUGUUUGAUUGGUCGAAAAGUGAGAAUUCCGUGUGAUGCAUUUUAUCAUAAUAAUUGUCGUAAAAUUUUAGAAGAGGAGAGACAGAGAAUGUUUCAUAAAUUUUGGUUUUUAAAUGACGAUAUGGAAAGGUAUAAUUACAUUGCAAAAUAUGUGCAAAUUAUAUCAAAUGACAGUAAUUCAAAUUGUCAUUUGUAUUAUUUUUUGGAAAUUAAUGAAAUACGUGAAAAAGUUUGUCAAAUAAUGUUUGAGGCAACAUUUGACAUUAAUGAUAAAUGGAUUAAAACAGCCCUUCAAACAUUGGGUCUUAUACCACAAGAUUUUGAGAAAAAAACAAUAAAUUUCACUCUUAAGCGAUCGUUAUCUCGGAAUUUAAUUUUGAAAAAAAUUAAAAAAAUCGCUAAUUCGAAUUCUAGGGAGGCAACUGAGACAGAAGGAGAUGAUCCAGAGAUUAUUGACAUUUCGAAUGAUUCAAUUGACAAUUAUUCAAGAUUUGAAAUAGCAAUGGUAAAAGAAGAACCAAAAGAAACACAGUCAAUGGAAUUAGUGAAAAUAAAAGCAGAAGAACAAAUAGAAAUUGAAACAGUAAAACGAAUAAAAAUAGAAACAACAGAAUCUUUAGAAAUGAAUGUAGAAGAAAUAUUAGAAACGAAAAAAUUAAAAGAAGAGAUAAUAGAAGUAAAUUCAGAUGAUGAGGAAAUAAUGGGAAAUGAAUCUGAAAUUGAUUUAGAAGAAUUAGUGGAAAUGGAAGAAGAAGAUGAAGAAAUAAUACAAAUUAAUUCAGAAGGAGAGGAAAUUUUAAAUGAAUUUCAAGUUGAUUUUAAAAAUAUGAAAAAAGAAAUAAGAAAAUUUCCUUUGUCACGAAAGAAAAGAGGAAAAUUUUGUAAUAAUAAAUGCGAAAACGAAUGUUAUCUUACGAAUGAUAUUUGUGAUGAUAUUUUUAAUUAUUUCUGGAAUAUAGGGAGUCGUUAUCAUAAAUUUGAAUUUAUUUCAAGACACGUGGAUGUUGAUCCCGUUAUAAAUCGUGUUAAAAAAAUAAUGACAAUGAAUAUAAAUUGUUUUUUGGAAAUUAAUAGUAAACGUAUUAUGGUUUGUCAAGAAACAUUCAUAUCCAUUUUAGGUAUUAAUAAAGAAUGGAUACACAAUGUAUUGAAUUAUUUUGGUAGAAAUUUGUAUGACAGUUCAAUGAAUGAGAAACAAAGAUUAAAAUCAUUAAAUUCAAAAGACAUUUCAAAAAGUAAUAUUGACAGUGUUGUUGCAUUUGAAGCUGGAUUACCAUAUUUGACUAGUAAAGGUACAAGUUUACCUGGACGAAAAUUAAGAAAAGCUUGUAAUAAUAAAUGUGAAUUUAAAUGUAAAGAAUUUUCUCAUCGACAGAGAGAAGAAAUUUUUCAUAAUUUUUGGAAUAUAUCAUGUCGUCGUAAAAAAUACGACUAUCUUUGGAAUCAUAUAAAGAAAAUAAGUUUUGAAAAUACAAAAAAUGUUUACAAUGGGCGACAAUUUUUUUUCGAAAUAAAUGGUGAAAUAAAAGAAGUGUGCCCGACAAUGUUUACAGGAACAUUGGACAUUGAUAUUGUUUGGGUGGAAAAAUUGGAUCAAUUGAGGAAGUCUGUUACGUAUUAAAUUUUGUGAUUUUAAAUUACUUUAAAGGUGGAACAUUUUUUUUUGUUAAUAUUCAUUUGAGGAUUAUGUGAUUUAUAUUUAAUGUAAUUUUUUUUCUAAUAAUAUAAUAAUUACAGGAUAAUUUUAUUUACAAGUUUUAAAAAUAAUUUUUAUUUAUUUUUUUUUUUUUGUAAAGAGUGUAAAUAUUACAAUGACUUCAUUCUAACGAGUUGAAAAAGUCAGUAAGCGUGUCAAUUGUGGUAAAUUAAAUUCACAGACGGAGUUUAUUAUGUAAGAUUUAAAAAUGUGCAUACCGGCAAAUUGAUGACUGUUAGGUAUACUUUAUAUUGUGAAUUAUUUUCUCGCGCUAUGUUUCUUUUCAAUGAGGGCGUUGGCGUUUCUCAUAAUAAAUGUUAUUGACAUUAAAUUUCA